AUGCCGUCCAUGCAACCAUUUGCCACGAAGGUCAUCGCAGUUACCGGCGCCGGCAGCGGCAUCGGCCGUGCGACUGCCAUCUACUUGGCCCAAAGGGGUGCAACACUCGCCAUCUCAGAUGUCAACAAGGCCUCCCUGGACGCAGUUGCUGCAGAAAUACUCGCCGAGAUCCCUAGUGCGAAGGUGUUGACCUCGGCUAUUGACGUGAGCAAGGCUGAUCAAGUCAAGUCAUGGAUCAGCCAGACCGUUGCCAAAUUUGGCAAAUUAGACGGUGCCGCCAAUAUUGCCGGGACAGCUGGUCGCGAACAACAAGGUGAUCCCGUGGACGCGCAGACUGAUAUAGACUGGAACUUUGUCCUCGACGUCAACCUCACGGGCACUAUGUACUGCCUUCGUGAAGAGCUCCAGGUUCUCUCCGAGGGCGGAUCUAUCGUGAACGCCUCGAGUGUGUUGGGCUUGCGCAGCUCACCUACUCCCGGAGGCAGCCCGUACGUUGCCAGCAAGCACGGCGUCCUCGGAUUGACUAGGUCUGUUGCGAGGGAGUAUGGCCACAAGAACAUCCGUGUCAAUUGCGUCAACCCAGGUGCAAUUGCCACCCCUAUGAUGGGCUCUUACCAUGGCCAAGAAAACCCGUUGCCGGAGUACAUCAACCCCCCUAUCACUCGGUGGGGAACUCCCCUGGAGGUGGCGCAACUGAUUGGAUUCCUGCUGGGAGACGAGUCCCGCUAUAUCAGCGGGACUUCGGUUGUCAUUGAUGGGGGCUUGAUUUGUUAG